AUGGAUAGACUCUAUUCCACAAUGACUAUGCAUGGAAUGAAGUCCCCGGCUGGCGUGGGUUUUUCGUAUUCAAACACAACUUCUGAUUCUUUGAAAAUUGGAGACAAGAGAACAACAGAAGAUUCUUACGCUUUUGUUAUACACUGGCUUGAGAGAUUCCCCCAGUACAAGACACGAGACUUCUUUAUAACUGGAGAGAGCUAUGCCGGUCGUUAUGUGCCCCAGCUUGCUCAUAUCAUCCUAUCAAGGAACAAUAAUAACACGAACCAAACAAUCUUUAAUCUCAAGGGCAUUGCAAUGGGCAAUGCUUGGAUAGAUGAUAAUACCAACACAAAGGGAAUGUAUGACUUCUACUGGACACAUGCUUUGAAUUCUGAUGAAACCCAUGUAGGAAUUGACAAGUACUGCGACUAUAUUACUGGAAAUUAUUCAGAUACGUGCAAUCAAUAUCAAAAUCAAGGAGACUACGAAUAUGGAAAUAUUGACAUCUACAACACAUAUGCUCCACACUUUUCCAUUCAUCAGGAAGCAAACCUGGUCCCCCUGGUUCUGAGUUUUGGCUGGAUAGAUAGGCCAACAACCAUUCUACCCACAAUAAAGCAGAUCAUGGCAAGUGGUAUCAUUAAUACUCUUCUGACACAAACGAAAGCCUUAGAAGCAGGAGAAGAACUUGGCCAUUUCACUGGGGGCACAUUGAAUGCAUUAAAGAGCUAUAAGGAAUAA